GGUGUGGAGAAGGGGUGGGGGGAGAGAAAGAGCAAAAGCCCAGGCUCAGUUUUAGAGCCUGGGAACCGUGUCUACAAACAUGACAGCUAGAGCUUUCUGGCUCCUCUGUUUGAUCGUUGGAUCUUCUCCCGAAGCCCCAGUGGCGGAGAGAAAAGCCUCGCCGCCACACAGCCGGAAGCCCGACCCCGGCGGAGGCCCGAGUGCGGAGAUGCCUGGGCCCCGGGCGCUGCCAGUCCCCGAGGCCCCGCGGCGGCCGCGCACGGCCGAAGCCGCUCCCCGUGCCUGGUCAGACCUGAGGCGCCGGAAGCCCCCGCCGCCCGCGGAGAACCGGGCGGGCUUCCGGGAAGCCGCGCGCGCACCCGCCGGCCCGCCGAGCCCGCGCCUGGCGCAAGCGGAGAACCGCGCGUCACCGCGCCGCCAGCCGGCACUGGGGGAUUCCCCGCGGCGCGCGCGCGCCCGGGCCCCGCGCCUCCCGGCAGUGCGGCCUUCCGCGCGCGCCGCCGAGAUCCCCGCCGGCCCCGCCCACCCCAACCGGCCGCGCGCCGCCGCGCCGCCCCCGGAACCCGCGCCCGCGCCGCCGCCGCACCUCGGCGCGCUGCAGGGGGAGGACGCCGAGCCCGGCGCCGAGCCCUGUGCGCGCGCCUGCAGGGCGGACUUGGACGAGCGCGAGUCCUACUGCGCCAGCGAGUUCGCAUUGAACGGAAUCGUGCAUGAUGUAGACGUCCUCGGCACAGGGAUCCGGCUGGUGACUCUCCUGGUGGACCGAGACGGGCUGUACAAGAUGAACCGCCUGUACAUCACUCCGGACGGGUUUUUCUUCCGAGUCCACAUACUAGCCCUAGACUCCUCUAGUUGCAAUAAGCCAUGUCCAGAGUUUAAGCCAGGCAGCAGAUAUAUUGUGAUGGGCCACAUCUACCAUAAGAGAAGGCAGCUUCCUACAGCUCUGCUUCAGAUCCUGAGAGGGCGCCUUCGCCCAGGAGAUGGACUACUCAGGAGCAGCAGCAGCUACGUGAAAAGAUUUAACCGAAAAAGGGAUGGACAGGUGCAAGGGGCAAUUCACGCCCAGUGCAUCUGAAACACACCAGCUGGGCAUUUCUGGAUCUGAAAUUUAAAUUCUGCAACAAGACAGGAAAGGCCUUAUCAUCAUAUAAUGGGAUUUUCCUUUAGAAAGGGCACAUAGUCCCUUUAGGAACUAUUUGAAAGUCCCAACUCUCAUCUUGAAGUCACUGUCUUAUUUACAAAAGGCUUCUUAAAUGGUUAUGCUUCUGAGCUCCAUGGCGGGGUUAUUCAACGGGUGUGCCAGUUCUUCACACAAGCUCAGCUCACUGACCUGUCCAGUUAACAGAUCACUGCUUCAUGUUGUUUAUUUUUAAUUAUUUUAAUUUAAAUACAUUCUUCAGUAGAAAUAGUUCACAAAAACAUUUGCUUGAUCUUAAAUAUACAAUUCCAAGUAGUUUAUAUCAUGUAUCAAACCAGAUUUUAUACUAAAACCGUCACAUUUUAAAUUCUGUACAUAACAGUAAGUGCACUAGUCAGACGUAUGAAAUGUCAUUUAGAUCACAUUUAGAUCAAACACUAAAGUUGGAGCCCAAGACAAGUAUUGAAGUUUUCCACUUAAGAGUACCGAAGGUCUUAUGUCAAGCAAACAGGUGUUCCUGAUGUACCAAAAUACAAGAUACAGUUUAUUUUCACGCCUCCCAGGUUCUAAAAUCCUGUGUUUUGUGCCAUACUGGCAGCUAUCCCAAUGCCAAACAUAUUCUGGGUGUAUCUGAUGUCAUUUUUCUAUUAAGACCAAGUAUCAUGUUUGUGUUUGUAAAGCAGUAAAUCUUGCUGUGAAAUCAGAUCUUGGAUGCACCUGGUUUUUUUAGCCUCACUGAGCCCCAGAAGGUUUGGGAAAAAAGCAUUUCUCAAACUCACUCUUACUCCCCAAACCCUGGAACCAGUAUUUAAUGAUGGCUUGCAAGCAUGUGAAUCUUAAACGUUUUCCAGCUAGCUUGAAAAAUAAUCACGAACUGAAUUUAU